AUGGAAUGGCAGAACGGAAAGGAGGUAAAUAUUGAUAAAAAAGAAAUGAAGAAGACAAACGAGAAGAACAUUUUUCUCAAAACAUUUCAGAUGCUAGUAGAUUUAUUUUUCUCCUUUACAAAAAAAACUAAAAGUCACCAAAUUAAUAAUCCAAAGAAUUUAUACUCAUCAUCGUUUUACAUUGAUCAUAAUAAAACCCAUAUUUUAAACUAUACGAAUGAAUUCGAACAUAGUAACAAUAAAAACAAAUUUAAAGGUUUAUACAUAGGUGAACAUCUAGAUGAUACAAAGAGGUUUUUCUUUUUAUCACCUCUUUCAUUAGCCAUUAACGAAAUAAAUUUUAAUGACAUAUUUAAAUACGCGUGGAAUGACAAUUCAUACUCCAAUUAUAUAUUUCUCAAAAAUUCUGACCUGUUCAGGGAAAAAAAUGAAAAAAAUAAUGAUGCCACAAGUAAUAACCUGAUUAAUAAGCAGAACAAUAAUAAUGAGUCCCUUUCUGGUGAUACAUUCAUCAAUUUAUCACAAGGGUAUAGAGAAUCAUCAGGAUGGGAUCACUCAGACUCUGUUAAUACAAUGCCACCUGAUAUGAAACUGAAAAAUUCUGUUCAUAACAACGGGUCAUAUAGAGAAGAUAAUGCAUUUUUACACGCAUCACAUAGUAACCUCUUGACAAUUCAACAAAGGAACAGUAAUACUUAUGAAACUACUGAUAAGAUAAAAAAAAUACUUAACAAUCAACAUGUUGAAGGGAAUCAGAAAAUAAAUAAUAUUUUUAAACCAAUGGUGAACCAAAAGUAUGGAACGAAUAGAUCGAGAGAUGAAAAAAAUCGUAACCUCAGCAUUAUAAGCCAAAUUUUAAAAGAAUUAAAUAUAAAAUUGGAAAAAAAAAAUUUUAAUGAAAUUUUAAAUAAUAACAAAAGUAUGAAUAUAGGAAUAUGUGCAAAGGAGGAAAAUAUGAAAGGAAAAAAAAUAGAUUCACAAUGGCCUUUGAUAAAAAAUAGAGGAUUAAAAAUAUCAUUUUUGAUGAAAAUAUUUUUUCGUACUAAAGAAAGAUGCAAGAUUGAUGAAAGAUACAAUUAUAUGUCUAACACAUUCACAUGUGUCUUCUUCCACUCUUUGGAGAAUUCUGAUUUUUUCCUUUUUUUGAACAAAGAUAGAACAAAUGGGAAUGACAGAACAAACCAUGUGACAUUUUCAGAAGAAGAAAUCCAAAGUAGAAACAAAUCAAAAGAUGAAAUUUUAAAAUUGCCCUAUAGCAAGUUAUCCAAAGAGUGGGAAAAAAUGAAUUUAAAUAAAUCCGUUUCUAAUAUCUUGUCUACAAAUCCGUUAAAAAAUAUAAAGACGUAUAAAAAUUAUUGGUUCAUGAAAAACAUAUACAAAUUGCAUUUAAAUUAUAAUGGUAUAUGCAAAAGUGUAAUGAUCAUGUAUAAGUAUGAGAAAAAGGACUUGCUCAAUUUUUUAUUUAAAUUAGAUGUAUGCUAUAGCGAACUUUACAUGAAUAAUAAAAUUCGUCUUCAUUAUCUUAACACGAGUAUAACAUCUAGUUUACUUUUCAAGGGAAUGUGGAAUUAUGGCCCACAAAAUAGUUAUAAAAACCAUAUGGAGGAGACCCUCACCACAGCUAGGAAGAAGGCACUAAUGGCUAGUGCAAACAACUCUAUGAAGAAUGUAAUUCCACAGAAAGAUGAUUUUCAUUUUUACAACAAUUUAUAUAAUUUAGAAGAGGAAAGAAUUUAUCAGAAAAGUUGGAACAAAAGUAGAAACAUGUCGAACCAACAUAACAAAACGUUUCAAAAAAUUCCAUCCCAUACUGAUGUGGAAGAGGUGGAAAACAUGGAACAGGGAUUCGUUUCAUCUCCCUUUAGUCCUGCUGUAGCACCAAACGAAAGAGGAAAAAUCUAUUUGUAUGAGCAAGUUCUAAAUGACGAAGUAGAACCAGCAGUUAGGUUCAAAAGACUGAAAUUGUUAAAUUUUAAAAAUAACAGAUUGGGUGAAAAAGUGGAAAGAUCAUAUCACAUAAUGAAUAGCCACAUAACGAAUAGCCACAUAACGAAUAACCACAUAACGAAUAGCCACUUAACGAAUAGCCACAUAACGAAUAGCCACUUAACGAAUAGCCACAUAACGAAUAGCCACUUAACGAAUAGCCACUUAACGAAUAGCCACUUAACGAAUAGCCACUUAACGAAUAGCCACAUAACGAAUAGCCACAUAACGAAUAACCAUGCUGGAGAAAAAAAUGGACAAAUUCUUUUACUGUCAAAGAAGGGUACCAUCGAGUUCAAGAACCCAAUCGUUGUAAGUGAUUUGUAUGUUCGUCUCCAUCAGAAUCCACUUUAUAGAUUCACGUGCAGGGGAAAAGGUGAGCUGGUAGCCACAUCUGACGAUGCAACCGUAGAACAUAGUAAGAGACAGAAUCAGGGGCAGCACCCGCAGGAUCUCCUUUCUGAAGCUGGUCCAACAGAAGAAACAAACUAUUACAACAAUCAAACGAUGUGUGGAAAAGGGAAGAACCACCCAUACCAAAUGUAUGUACUUUUUAACUUCUACCUGAACGUGAGUAGAAAAUAUUCAGCGAAACUUGAAAUUUACGUAGACGAUACUAUUCGAAAAAUGCAGAAUCAUAAAUAUGAACCCAUUUUUCGCAGCUUUAACGUGGUGAAUUUUAUCAAAGGAAACAUAAAUCAGUAUAGAAUUAACAGAAUCGAAAUUGAAUACACAUAUACCCCCUACGUGAAAAUGAAAGAAACAUCCAUUCAUCAUACCAAUAUGCCAUUUUACAUUUCCAUAAGUAACUUAAUAAUUAACGAGAGUCAAAAGGUUUAUAACUACGUACCAACUUUCUUUACAACUAGAGGGAAUUUUCUCCAAGUCCUUCGUCGAAAUUUUAAAAAUGAAGAUUAUCAUAAUGGGGACCUUAGAGGUGAGCCUAAAGAUGAUCUUAGAGGUGAGCUUAAAGAUGAUCUUAGAGGUGAGCUUAAAGAUGAGCUUAAAGAUGAGCAUAAAGAUGUACACGCCAAAAGACACAAUCGAUAUAUGGAAAGCGACCCUGUGAGUGUCGAGAAAGCAGAACCGACUAAAAAGCCCGAGGACUCUCACACUGCAGAAGUGAUAGAGAUGAAAACGAACGAAGUGUCAGGUACCCCCAAUUCACCAGAGCAGGCAAGUGAUCCUCAAAAGGAAAGCCUGUGGAAGAGAGAAAAAACCCUGAACCCAGGAAACCAGUUUGUCAACAAGAACUACUCCUUCAGCAUAUUUAUUUCAGUGAGUGAAAAAAAUUUCAUGAGACAUCUAACACAGUUUCGAUGUAGCACUCACAAGUGUACUUAUGAUGAAUCCACAAAACAGCUUUUUUUAGCGAAUCUGGAAAAUCAUCAGAGGAGAAAUAAAGAAGAAGGAGAAGAAGAAUCCGUCUGGGGAAAGGAGAAUACCAAAGAGACGAAGACAUACAUCAACCAUGACGCAACCAAGAAAAGGAACACCAGCUCUUUUAAAUGUGUCUUCGAUUAUAAUGCGUUCAUAUCACCUGCAUCUAAAGGGAUGGAGAAUAUCAAAGAGGAAGAAAUGGAACUCAGCGAUAUUCAGAAGGAAUAUUUGCACUUUCUAAAAAUGGAAUUGCCCAACGUGGUCGAAGCAGCGAACCGGGCUAGGCAACCAAACCAGGCAAGCCAGCCAAACCAGCCAAAUCAGCCAAAUCAGCCAAAUCAGCCAAAUCAGCCAAAUCAGCCAAAUCAGCCAAACCAACCAAACCAACCAAAUCUUGAACAUUUUGCAAAAUUUCCCGAAAAGGAAGCGAAGAGAAUUGUAGCAUAUGACAUGACCGACCUGUACGACUUUGAAUACACACAGAAAAGGCACGUCAUCCCCCCCUACCGAAAGGGAAUAUACAUAAACUUGGAAAUGGAGAGAGGAAAAAUAAUUUAUGAUACGAACAAUUACUUUAGCUAUGUAAAUAAAAAAGAAGAUAAGAAUUUAUCCAACUAUACGAGAAAAGUUUUUCAAAUCAUGUAUAUUUAUUCAGCCCUUCUCCCAAUUGAAAGUGACAUUUUGCACUUAUCCUUCUUAACCAGAAAUAAGUUUACUCUAAAAUAUAUGCAAGAUGAAAGCACACAAUUUUUUUUUAAAAAUAUCAUACCUCUCACGCGCUAUGAAGACUACAACACCUCGGGCCCACCUGGAUCCGACCAUAUUAUCAAAAUCAGCUUUGUCGAUUUCAGAAGAAACGGGUUAAAUGCGAAAUUUCUGAAUCUGACAGUGGGCAACCAGUUCUAUGGGGCAAAAAUGAUUGAGGCCCUGAAGAAAAAGCUGAAAACACUUAUCAAGCUGAGUUCAGAGGAAUAA